AGAGGGUAAGGGAAGCAAGGCCCAAAUCUGCGUUGGCCCUGGUUGUUCUAGUCCGCUGCACGCCGCCGCCGCGCAGUUUGCUACGUCGACUGAGUGAGUACUUGCUGCUGGACACUGAGCAAUGGAUUCCGGCAGCGCGGAGGUGAUUUUCGAGAGCCAUUACUUCCGAUUAUUCAGUGACGGUCAUGUCGAGCGUACCGGCGGCAUGGACACCGUGCCCGCCGGCUUCGACGCCGACACCGGCGUCACAUCCAAAGAUGUCGUUAUCGACGCCGCCACGGGCGUCGCCGCGAGGCUGUACCUUCCAUCCAUCCAGACGGUCAGGACGCCAUCGGGGUCCGACGGCGGCUGCACGACGAAGAAGCUUCCCAUCCUCGUCGUCUUCCACGGUGGGUUCUUCAUCCUCGGCUCAUCCCGUGACCCCAACUUCCACCGCUACAUGAACUGGCUUGUCGCGAGCGCCCGCGUCGUCGCUGUCUCCGUCGACUACCGCCUCGCGCCUGAGCACCCGCUCCCUGCUGCCUACGACGACUCCUGGGCCGCGCUCAACUGGGCGGUGUCCGGCGCGGCGGAUCCUUGGCUGUCCGACCACGGCGACCUCGGCCGGGUAUUCGUGGCCGGUGCCAGCGCCGGCGCGAACAUCGCCCACAACGUGGCCGUCGCCGCCGCGGGCAUGAACGGCCUGCAAGCUGCACCGCGCAUAGAAGGCGUGAUCCUACUCCACCCUUCGUUCUGCGGCGAGCAGAGGAUGGAAGACGAAGCAGAAGAGUUCUUGGAAGCUAACAAGAAGAGGUGGGCGGUCAUCUUCCCCGGCGCGAGCAAUGGAUCUGACGACCCCAGGAUUAAUCCGAUGGCGGCCAGUGUUGGCGCGCCGGGCCUGGCGAGAUUGGCAGGCAAGAAGCUGUUUGUCUCCACGGCGUCGGAGGAUGCCAGGGCGCCAAGGGGCCGAGCGUACUGCGACGCCGUGAGGACCGGCGGUUGGACCGGGAAGCUGCAGUGGUUCGAAUCAGAAGGUAAGGGACACUGCUUCUUCGUCCAUGAUUACGGUAGCCACGAGGCGGUCGCGCUGAUGGAUCAAGUGGUGGCUUUCAUUGCUGGCUAGUGGCCGUCGAUAGACCUCUAGGCGAUUUGAUUGUGCAGAUGCAAAUAAAGGAAUUUGCUAAAUUAAAUUUAGUUUUCUUUCAGACUGAGGGUUAUUUCAUUUAUAUUAAAAUUACAAUUUUAGUUCGUUGCAAUUUCUCUAUACAGACAAAAUUUGAUA